AUGUGGCUGCCCCUGCUCCUCCUUGUUGGGUUCCUGGAAUUUCACUACACAGGCCCAUUCCUGGUGCGUCUGGCGGGGGGCCCCAGUGAGUGCGUGGGGCGUGUGGAGAUCAACUACAAGGGCCGCUGGGGCUCGGUGUGUGACGACGAGUGGGACCUGGCCGACGCAGCUGUGGUGUGCAGGCAGCUGGGCUGCGGCACCGCGCUCUCUGCUCCGGUGGGCGCUUGGUUUGGGGAGGGCACUGGCCCCAUCUGGCUCAAUGAGGUGCGGUGCCAGGGCUCAGAGCAACAUCUGCGCCACUGCCGCCACCGGGGCUGGCGCCAGCAUGUCUGCAGCCAUGAGGAGGAUGCCAGCGCUGUGUGCUCAGCUCACCACUUCCUGCCCAUCACCACCUCCGAGCCCUCGGUGCAGCCAGCCCUUGGGGACCACAGACCCCCCGCACAGAGCACAGCCAGGCCGGCUUCCACCACGCCAGAGCACAGCGGCGCCCCCCUGCGGCUCGUGGGGGGCCCCCACAGCUGCGCAGGGCGUCUGGAGGUGCUUCAUGGGAGCCAGUGGGGCUCGGUGUGUGAUGACGGCUGGGGGCUGCUGGAGGGUGCCGUGGUGUGCCAGGAGCUGGGCUGUGGCGCAGUUCAGGCUGCCCCCGGGGGGGCGCAUUUUGGGUCUGGCACUGGCCCCAUCUGGCUGGAUGACGUGGGCUGCAGUGGGAAGGAGAUGUCCCUGCGGCAGUGCCGGGCACGGCCCUGGGGGCGCACCAACUGCCAGCACAACGAGGACGCCAGCGUCAUCUGCACAGGGGGUCCUGUGGUGCGGCUGGUGGGUGGCACCGGUUCCUGCUCCGGGCGGCUGGAGGUUUUCCACCAGGACCGCUGGGGCACAGUGUGCGAUGACAUGUGGGCGCUACCAGGCGCGGCUGUGGUGUGCCGGGAGCUCGGCUGCGGGGACCCACUCUCUGCUCCCAGGGGGGCCUUUUUUGGUGAGGGCAGCGGUCCCAUCUGGCUGGACAACGUGCGGUGCCAGGGCAAUGAGUCGGCGCUGAGCCAGUGUCUGGCUGCACCAUGGGGCAUGCAUGACUGCCAGCAUGCGGAGGACGCUGGUGUGGUGUGUACAGACGAGUUGGUCCAUGUGAGUCAGCGCUUUGCCAAGCCCAUGGCCCCACAGCCACGAAUGCAGAAGCCACGAAUGCAGAAGCCUCGGACGCAGAAACCACAGAUGCGGAAGCCCCGACCCCGGCCCCCUUCAGUGGCACGGGAGGCUACACAAGCACCAGCCCAGGUAUCCCCACGGGCAGUGCUACCAGGGAAGUGGAAGCCGUUGUCGUUGCUGGAGGGCACCAGCCCCCGGGAGGCCGUCCAGCCAGAGGGGACCACGCGGAGCCCCCUGCCCUCAGGAGAGCCGGAGCUGCCCACUGCUGGACCCGCAGCCCAGGCCCUGACAGAUGCUCCCAUGCGGGUGAACAGCCCCAAAGAUCGGCUCCGUCCUGAACGGCCUGGAGCCCCGGGGGUGCAGCGCCCGACCCUGAAGAACCGGCGGCCCCGCCCCAAACCAUUGCAGACACGCACAGACGCCGUCCAGCUCCAAGCUCCUGCUGCCACCCCCACCCUCAGGGCCCGCGCUGGGGCCUGGACUGACCCCCACGUGCCUCGUCCCCAACGCCGGCCUGGGGACAGCACCCUGACGACUGUGGCCUCCGCAACCCAGCCUCCCAGCCAGCCCAACAGCGCCUGGAUGGGCCCAGCCUCCCCCACCCCCCCAACCACCCCCCCUCCAAGCCAGCCCCACAGCAUCUGGACCAGCCCAGCCUCCCCUACCCCCACCCCUCCUCCCAGACAGCCCCACAGCACCUGGACUGGCCCAGCCUCCCCUACCUCUACCUCCACAACCACAACCCCUCCUGGCCAGCCCCACAGUGCCUGGAUUUACCUGGCCUCCCCUACUCCCACCCCCAUCCCCACAACCACCCAUCCUCCUGGCCAGCCCCACAGCACCCGGAUGUACCUGGCCUCCCCUACCCCCAUCCUCACAACCACGCACCCUUCCAGCCAGCCCCACAGUGCCUGGACCAGCCUAGCCUCCCCCAUCCCCACAACCACCCACCUUUCCAGCCAGCCCCACAGCACCCAGAUGGGCCUUGUCUCCCCUAAUACCACUCGCAUCCUCACAAUGACCCACAGAGCCCAAAGAGACCCAAGCUCCCCCAUCCCAGCAACCACCCAGUCUCUGAACAUGGCCCACAGCACCUGGCCAGGCCUGGCCUCCACCUCUCCCUCCUACAUAACCACCCAGCUUCCUAGCCAGACCCACACCACUCGGAUGGGCCCAGCUCCCUCCGACCCCACAACCACCCAGCCUCAGGACGAGACCCACAGCGCCCGGAUGGGCCCAACUCCCACCCACCCCACAACCACCCAGUCUCAGCAUGAGACCCACAGCGCCUGGAUGGGCCCAGCUCCCUCCCACCCCACAACCACCCAGCCUCAGGACGAGAUCCACAGCACCCGGAUGGGCCCAGCUCCCACCCACCCCACAACCACCCAGCCUCAGGACGAGACCCACAGCGCCCGGAUGGGCCCAGCUCCCUCCCACCCCACAACCACCCAGCCUCAGGACGAGAUCCACAGCACCCGGAUGGGCCCAGCUCCCACCCACCCCACAACCACCCAGCCUCAGGACGAGACCCACAGCGCCCGGAUGGGCCCAGCUCCCACCCACCCCACAACCACCCAGCCUCAGGAUGAGACCCACAGCACCUGGAUGAGCCCAGCUCCCUCCGACCCCACAACCACCCAGCCGCAGGACGAGACCCACACCACUCGGAUGGGCCCAGCUCCCUCCGACCCCACAACCACUCAGCCUCAGGACGAGACCCACACCACUCGGAUGGGCCCAGCUCCCUCCCACCCCACAACCACCCAGCUUCAGGACGAGACCCACAGCGCCCAGAUGGGCCCAGCUCCCUCCGACCCCACAACCACCCAGCCUCAGGACGAGACCCACAGCCCCCGGAUGGGCCCAGCUCCCUCCCACCCCACAACCACCCAGCCUCAGGACGAGACCCACCACGCCCGGAUGGGCCCAGCUCCCUUCCACCCCACAACCACCCAGCUUCAGGACGAGACCCACAGCACGCGGAUGGGCCCAGCUCCCUCCGGCCCCACAACCACCCAGCCUCAAGACGAGACCCACAGCACCCGGAUGGGCCCAGCUCCCUCCCACCCCGCAACCACCCAGCCGCAGGACGAGACCCACAGCACCCAGAUGGGCCCAGCUCUCUCCCACCCCACAACCACCCAGCCACAGGAUGAGACCCACCACGCCCGUAUGGGCCCAGCUCCCUCCCACCCCACAACCACCCAGCUGCAGGACGAGACCCACAGCACCCAAAUGGACCCGGCCUCUCCCUCCCAGCCCCAGGGCGAGCCUCCUGGUACUCGGACACAGUAUGCCAGCCCAGCAGUUAAUGGGACAGGUUGUGCCAAGACACCUGCAACGCCCAGGCUCCCAGGCACCCCGGCUGCACAGACAGAUGCUGCCCCCACGCCAGACCAGCCUCAGGGACCUGUCCUGGAGAUGCCACACGCUGCCACCCGUGCCCUCCCAGCCACUGCCUUCCCCCCAACCAUGCCCUCAAACUGGGCCCUCCCGGCCACUGCUACCCACACCACCACCCCUCGGGCCAGCACCCGCCCUGCUCCGCCACUUGCCCAGGGGGCAGUGACUAUGGGGUCGGAGACAAGAGCCCCCAUACCAGCUGCAGGGCUGGGGGCAGUCAGGGGGGAUUGCCGGGAGCCAAGCUACGAAUCCCCUCAGCUGCAGGAGCUGAUCCAGGUGGUGCGGGAGCUGCGGGGGGACCUGCGUGGCCUCGUCCAUACCCAGCGGCAGGAGCGCCGCCUGCUGGGCGCCAUUGCUGGCAGCCUGGCCGAGCUGGCGGGGGCUGUACGGCAGCUGGUAGUGGAGCUGCCCAGCCAGGUGCUUCGGGGGCAGAACCAGCCCCCGCCUCCAGCAUGGCGUAGGCAGGGCCCUGCACCCCCCACUAACAGCCUCACCUGAUACCUGCCUACCAAAGAGACCCACUGAGAGACAGACCCCCCCUUCCCUGGCUCGAACUAACCCCCCACUGACAGACCCCC